AUGCCCAUCUGCAUCGAAUGCUCGUACCCGGUCUCGCACCUGUACAGCGCCUACAGUCGCGCAGAUGAUCGGUCUCUGGGCAAAGGCGUGCGUUUGACGCAGUGCCCGCGCUGCAAACGCUUCGCCGACAAAUACGUUGAGCAUGACUUUGUCGUGAUCUUCAUUGAUCUUGUCUUGAUCAAGCCACAGGUGUACCGCCAUCUCCUCUUCAAUCGGCUCGAAGGAGACGAGCACAAAUUUGAUCGCUCUAUUAUCCGCCUCGGAGUCCUCCUACUACUCUUCGACGUCUACCUGACCUGGGCGCGAAUUGAAAAGUCUCCGUCUCUCGAGUCAACAUUCCUCUCGCGCGCUCCGAUCAUCGUGCAAUACCUCUUCUUUCUGACUCUGAACGCCCUCGCAACCCUCGCUCACCAUCUCACCGUCCGUCUCCUCGCGUCAUUCUUGACUCCACCGAACUCCAAACAACCGACCGACAGCCCUUUAUCCCAGCCAACCGACGUCCCCGCAUCGGAUCCCUCAACACCCGUCCUCCCCACCUUCCCGCAGCCACAAGCCCCGAGCUCUGCGUCGCAAAGUCCGUCCAAGAUUGCAUCGCAAGCUCCCUUGCAGGAUUUCCAGAGCACCGUUGGCAAUACCAGCACCAAUACCAGUAUCAAUGGCACGAGCAGUGGUAACGGCAGCACCAAUGGCGUGACAAAUGAGAACCAACGCCCAAACCAACCCUCUAGCCCGCGCGACUCUUUCUGCAGUCUCCCGCCUCCACUACAUCGCACUUCUACGGCCCCAGCCCAGAGCCUUCAGCCUCUCUCACCGCCAUCCCAGGCUAGUCCAACUGCAAUCAGCACCGCGUUAUUCGUCAGCAGUUGCGCGAAGCUCUUCCCAAUCCUUCUCGUGAUUUGGGGACCGGACGGCAGCGGUAGCUUUGACUCACGCUCUUCAGCCUCCUCCUCUUCCGCCGCAGUAGGCUCCGCACCACACCCAAACCUCGCACAGCAUGCCUCAGGAGGCGGGAUAACCCCCGCCGCCCUCGCCGGCUCCUCAUCCUCAUCCUCAACACAAUCACAUCCCCCCUCCUCAUCGACGUCAUCGUCCUCUUUCUCAUCCUCCCUCUUCGAAACUCUCCUCCAUCUCAUACCAUCCGCCAUACCAGCCAGCUACGUCGCGAAUAUCAUCGCGAUCGCCAGCUCACUGUUUACCCUUGGUGCGACGGAUACGCAUCUCGUGCUGCUGAGUAACAUCGAAGCGCUGUAUAUCCUGCUUGGAUGUGGGUAUUUCCGGGCUAUGGCGCUUGCUGUUUCGGGGUUGGUUGCUAGGUGGACGGUACAGAAGGUUAUUUUGGGGAUUGUUGGGGUUGGAUAG